UGCGCCUACCUCGACCCACAGCCCAGAGCCUGAAUAACAGUAGGAGGAAAAUGGACGGAGUGGGUGCAUUUGGUGCUGGGAGAGCCGGUGCUGCGUUCGACCCUAUUGCCUUUAUCCAACAGCCGCAGACCAUCCUUAGAAUAUUAUCAUGGAUCUUCUCAAUGGUAGUGUUCGGAUCCAUAAUAAAUGAAGGCUACGUCAACCAUGGCAGUGAGAGGCUCUAUUGCGUUUUCAACAAGAACAACAAUGCCUGCAACUACGGAACCACCAUUGGGCUCAUAGCAUUUCUAGCAUGCAUUUUCUUCAUUAUCCUUGACAUGAAGUUCCAACAAAUCAGCAGUAUUAAAGACAGGAAGAAGGCAGUGAUGCUGGACAUUGGAUUUUCAGGUUUCUGGGCGUUUUUGUGGUUUGUUUGUUUCUGCUUCUUGGCCAACCAAUGGCAGCGCACCACUCCAGAUGAGCUGCCCUUAAAUCAGGGAGCGGAUGCUGCCAGAGCUGCCAUUACCUUCUCCUUCUUCUCCAUCUUCACCUGGGCUGGUUUGACAGUGAGAGCGGUGCAGAAGUACAUGCUAGGGACCGACAUGAGCCUCUUCACCACAGAGCACAUGGAUGGAAAGCCACCUGUCCAGCCCUCCCCCACCGGCACGAGCACCGAGCCCAACGACACAUACCAGAGCCCACCCUUCACCGAAAACCUGGACUCCAACGCCCCAACCUACCAGGUGCCAAUUUACUGAAACGGUGCCUCUAGCAAAAGUCCACAUGCGAUGCCAUUGGUGUGUCAGAGUCAGUGUUGAUGGCUGGCACUGGUCUUCAAACUGAAGUGGUGUGACAAUGUUCAUAGGUAGCACCGUUCUGUGAACUUCUGUACAAGAAUAUGUUGAUUGUGAUUUCACUUUCGUUCGGAAUAUUACGUGUUAAUUUAUCAGCUGGAAUGAAACCGUUUGAGGGUUAUCAGUGUUGUUUAAAAAUGAAAAAGGUUAUGUUGCAUGUGUUAUAUUUAGAGAGCUAUGAAGUGCCAUGCAUCACAAACAAUACCUUAUAUAUUCAGUUUUCCAAUAAUAUCUGAAACAUGGAAUCACCUAAACAUUUUUGACACAUUUAAAUGUUCUCCAACUAAAAGCUUACGAGAGGUGGUCUUCCUAAAAGAGGGUAAGAGUUUGGCUGUAGAUUUAAGGGUGUCUUAUGUAUCAAAAGUGUGUAGAAAAGAUGUCGAUUCAGUGUUUGAUUUAGUGAAGCCACUAAACGUGUUACGACAUAAAGUCAGAUUUUUGUAGCUUACAAUGCGUGAAUACUUCUGACCGUAUCAGAAUAUAAAAAUUAAAUGAAUCCCACUAAAAAGAUUUCAAACAAAUGUUAUUUUAUCAGAGCCACAAUCAGUAGGCAUUUUAAAAUUGAGGUUAUGCAAACAUAUAAACUGGCAUUUAAAAUAAAUGCUUUAUGAAUACAUUUACAAACUCGGACAAUGACACCACUUGGUAUGUUUUCAACAUUAGAAAUUGCUAGUAAGAAAGUCAAAUGUGUCAUUUUUAUCAGCAUGGAGACAUUA